UGGAGCUGCCCCCGCCCGGCUCCCGCCGCCGCCGCCACCCCCCGCUCUCCCGGCUUCGCCUCAGGGCUUUCCCGCCCUCCGCCGCCGCCUCAGCGCGGGGGGCUGAGCCAGCGGCCCCUCUGCUCGUGGAAACGGGGCUGCUGGCACCGGGACCCGCCCCGGGGAUCCCCUCAAGUCCCCAGCGGGACCCUCUCGGCUUUGGGAGCCACGCCAUGGCAUCUCCACGGACUUCAGUUUUUGGGAGGUUUGGCGGUCCCUGACCCUAGCAUGUGGACCCAGGCAAUUAAAGCACAGUCCCAGGGUUCGGUGCGUGGCCAGGCAGUGCCACUCUGGGGUUCAGUCCAGGACUAAAUGGCGAGCAAAUGGACCGCUUGAAGCACUGGGUUUGAUUGCUUAAGAGAAGGGGCUCUGCUGAGGAUACCCCACAGGAAUCUGUUGGGUAUCUCUGUCAUCCCAGACUCUUCCCUGAUAUGGAACAAAGUGAAGGUGAACAGGAAUCCCAGGCAGAGAGUGAUGUGGAGAGCAAGAGCAGCGUGAAAUCCUUGCCUGGGGGAACAGCCCAUGUCAAACUAGAGAUAAAAAAACAUGCAGUUACAGAUGACUACAAACUCUCCAAGCGUGUGCUAGGGUUAGGAAUCAAUGGCAAAGUACUGGAAUGUUUCAACAAGGAGACAGGCCAGAAAUGUGCUUUGAAGCUCCUGUACGACAACCCCAAGGCCCGUCAGGAAGUCGAGUAUCACUGGCGAGCCUCGGGGUGUCCUCACAUUGUCCAUGUCCUGGAUGUGUAUGAGAACAUCCAUAAUGGAAAGAGAUGCCUGCUCAUUGUCAUGGAAUGCAUGGAAGGAGGAGAGCUGUUUAGCAGGAUCCAGGAGAGAGGAGACCAAGCUUUCACUGAGAGAGAGGCCUCUGAAAUAAUGAGAGACAUUGGGACAGCCAUCCAGUACCUGCACUCCAUGAACAUUGCACACAGAGACGUCAAGCCUGAAAACCUGCUUUACACAUCUAAAGACAAAGAUACUGUGCUCAAACUCACAGACUUCGGCUUUGCCAAAGAAACCACUGUAAAUGCACUGCAGACCCCCUGUUACACUCCUUAUUAUGUGGCCCCAGAAGUCCUUGGUCCUGAGAAGUAUGACAAAUCAUGUGACAUGUGGUCAUUGGGUGUCAUCACAUAUAUUCUCCUGUGUGGGUUCCCUCCAUUCUAUUCCAACACCGGUCAAGCCAUUUCUCCAGGGAUGAAGAGAAGAAUUCGGAUGGGGCAAUAUGGAUUUCCCAAUCCAGAGUGGGCUGAAGUAUCAGAGGAAGCCAAACAACUCAUUCGCCAUUUACUGAAGACUGACCCAACAGAGAGGAUGACAGUCUCUCAGUUUAUGAAUCACCCUUGGAUUAAUAGAUCAAUGUCAGUGCCACCUACUCCUCUUCACACUGCACGGGUCCUGCAAGAGGAUAAAGACCACUGGGAUGAAGUUAAAGAGGAGAUGACCAGUGCUCUGGCUACCAUGAGGGUGGACUAUGAUCAGGUGAAAAUCAAAGACUUGAAAACGUCCAACAACCGCCUCCUGAACAAGCGGCGCAAGAAGCAGAAGCAGGCGGGCGCCUCCUCUGCGGCCCCGGGCUGCAACAACCAGUGAGGGCAGAAGCCAGAGGGACCUGUGGGUGGAGGGUAAAAGUUAAACAGAGCAAUUUAAAAUCAUGUGAUCGCCUCAGUCCACACCACAAAGGCAAUGAGACCGUCAAGAUGCUAUCCUGCAAAGAGGGAGCAGUGUGAUAAUGUUUUGAUAACUUGAAUCACUUUUGAAGACUAAUGGAUCUGACAUGAUUCUGUUGCAUAUUGCAAGGGAAGGUACAGUAAUGCCAGAAAUGUUACAGGUUUUUGGUUUGGCUUUAGCUGUGUAGGACAAGAAGAGAGAACAGGAGGCAGUCUCAGCACAUUAAUGCACUGAGGCUUUAACAGCCAUCUACAAGAGUAACUUCUGCUGCUGUUUUAAACUGGGGAAUAGGAAAGUGCCAAGUGUUCUGCUAAGAGUGUUUUAGUAGUUUAGUAGAAUUGGUAAUAGUCUGUAUUUCCCAACUUACCUCCUAUAGUUACAGAAUAUCACCUAAACUGUAAACAGAUAUUCUUGUUACAGGAAAAAAAGCAUCCAUACAUUUCCAUUUCCAUAAAGUCUUCUGUGUAGCCUCAUGUGACAAUUUGAGUUCGUCAUGGAUUCCCAUUUGAUAACAUGUAAAUUUUCUGAGCUGUAGCCACUGUGUUGUAUCUUUGCCACUGUCAGACCCCUCUCCUGUAAUGUUUUCAAUUUAACUGGUACUUUAUGUGAAGAGUUUCAGUCAGGAUUUAAGUAGUUGAAAGUAUCCUGCAGAGAAUAUUGCUGUUCCCCUUGGAUCCAGAACAUCCAGGGUGUGCAGCUGGACAUGCGAGGGAUUGCUUUAGAAGAGAGACUUCUGAAAUUCGGGGGAAAAGUGGCAAAUGCAUGUUCUCUGAAUGGACCUUGGAAUCUACCAGCAUCCUUUCUGGUAAUUAUCUCCAGAUCCUGUGCUUAAGAUGUGCUGAUCACAGCAAAUUGUGGGGUGUUGGGGUUGGUUUGUUUCCUGGGGUCAGGAGUGGGGAGGAUGAUACUUUAUUUGUGGUGAUUUAGUGGUGUUUCAGGAUCCAAAGAUUUUCGCUGCUGAAGGAAGAUUACUUUCAAGCACAUCCACCCAUUGUUUUUUUCCUAUUUUAAUUCUUGUAAUUUAAUGGGAACCUGACCUUGGUUUGCUGGUAUGUUUUCUUUUGUGAUCAAAAUAUUUUCUCUCACUGUAUUUUGGGGUUUGGCUUUAUUUUUAGUUUAGGUGAAGCAAAUAUUUGUGAAAGUGUUAUCAGAGUCUGGGAUGAAUAUGAUGUGCUUCCAGUCAGGCAGGCAAAUACACCUUUGAGGUAGGCACACAGUACUGGUGUGUUAAUAGGCUUGCAAGAGUGUAAAAAAACAAAAAGGAAAACAGGGCUCCAGAGUGUAUCUGAAUUGUCAGAUCAGAGUCACACACAGCAAAGCUCAGCUCAAGGCUUUGGACCUUGUCUGGGGAGCCCAGUUCCCAUCUUCAGUGCUGAGUGAGACCUCAAUUCUCCUUUGUGAACUGGUCCUAGGGUUUUGUAACAUGAUUUAUUAAAAUCAGUUUUUAGCAUUCCUUCCUUCUGUCAUCCCUGUUUUUGUUGAGUUGUUGCAGAGUUUGCAUUGCUUUGCAAGAUACAUUGUGUUGAAGGUGACAGGGAAGGGGAGAAGGAAAGUGUUCCAUGAUGUCCACAUUUAAAGGCUGCCCAACUUUGAACAUUUUAUAAGAUCACAACGUUUUGGUAUUAAAUAUCCAUCUCUGUAAAGUUGUGUUUUAAAAUUAAUUCAUGUUUCAGGUAUCUGUGAUUAUAGCAUGUCCUGUAUGUUUUUGUUUUGCCAUAUUACUCCAAUGAAUUAUGCAAAUAAUUCACUACUGGCAAAAGAGUUGUGAUGUGUUCAGGAUGCAACAGUUGGAAUUAGGGCCAGGUCCAAGUUUCUGUCCCUUUAUCUAAUUAUUUUGAGGGAGGUGUGUACAUGAUUGCUGCCAUUCCAUCUCUGUGCCCCUUUGGGGUGAUGGAUGUUCCCAGGGCAAGCAGUGUGUAGUGCACUGUCCUGUCUGUCUCAGGGGCAGUGCCACUGAAACUUGCAAAUCAACUUUUUUUCCUCUGCCUUGGCCAAGGUUUGAGCAGGAGCUC